UCUGUGGAUCUCGUGAUUUUUCGAGAUUUCCGACAAAAUGGCAAAUCCUUUACCUCAUGGUUUAGACAAAAUACCAGAUGUCCAGGGAUACCUUGUGUUAAAUGCAGAUGGUGCAGUGCUUGCAUCAUCUGGUGAUCUAGAAAAUGAAGAGAAUAUUGCUUCUGCCAUAACCAAGAUGCUUCAAACAGCAGCCAAAAUACCAAUAUCUGGAGACAGAACACAGACCUUCAAGAGAAUGUCAGUGUAUUAUAGAGACUUCACUUUGAUGGCAACAGUAUCAAAUCAAAAGAUAUUUGUUGUUAAGAGGCCUUUGAAACAGGAAAGUGAAUGAAAUGAGAAAUACUAAAGAGUGUUACAUCCAAGCAAAUCCACUGGCUGCUGCAGGAAGGGGGCAAAAAAAA